CUCUCUCUCUCUCUCUCUCUCCAACCAUUAUAUAUAUAUAUAUAUAUAUAUAAUAAUGUUUUAUUGGUUAUAUAUAGCUCAUAUGCGGUAAUCUAUUUACAUAACGAAGACACUCUUAGCGGUCGAAAGUUAAUUAGUUUUAUCACUUGCAUAAGUGUUCAAUUAAUCUCCCUCUAGUUCUGCUUACCUUCAUGAUAAUAAUUAAUGAUGAUGAUAAAUAAUAUACAAUAGGGUUUGUUUGAGAAUAUCAUGCAUGCAUUACAUACGAAAAAUCUGGAAAUAUUUUUAGUUGAAUUUUAUACGUGAUGAUUAUAUGUGGAAAGACAACAACUAGGAAAAAAAAAUUAACCCAUCGUAUAAGUAGUAAUUAAUUAUAUUAACCUAGGCAUAUGCCAAAUGUGUAUAUAGCUCUUCUGCUUUCUAGUUAUUUAACGCCCUCAUAAUGUUUUGGUCAUUUUUGUUGACUUAAUGUCUCGACCGGCCACCAAAUAAUAAAUUCGUUCACACUCCGAUUAGGGGAUCCAUCGGAUUCAUAUAUAUAAAAGAAUAUAAAAUAUAUUUUAAAAAAGUAUUUUAUUUAAAAAUACAUUAAAAGAUACAAAUUCUUCUGACCAUAGUAACUAAAAGCAUAAAAUAUUCUUUAAAUUAUAUCUGGUUGCAAAUUCAACGAACCAUGCAUGCAUUUGGAUGCUAAUAUGCAUAACUAAAAAAGGAUCAACAAAGAUUGCGUGCCUAAUACGGUACACUCUCUGUGUGUGUAUAUAUAUAUACACACAUAUAUAUAUAUAUAUAGGUUAUACUCACGAGUCAGAUUUUUCAUACGCCACGUACGUAUUAGAACCGUAUUUGGGAAAUAUUAUUGGGUUUAGAAUCACUUUCAAGGGAUAAAAAGGGAAAUCUAACUUCAUGGAUUUCAGUAACAAAGUCAUAACACACAUAGGGGGGCCCUGUUAUCUUGAUUUAGCUCGACAGAAUCUUGUCUUUUAUGUUUCAUAGGGUAUGAAAUUGUGUAGAAUUUGACACUUGUAAGCUCCAAACUCUGCCACGUAGGUACAAAAAGGACAAAAAGACAUAAAGAGAAACGUGUAAUUUAUUAAAUGCUAUGCUAUGCAUGAAUAUGGCCUGUCCCAUCCACGUUUUGGAUUAUUUUUAUAAAAAAAAAUAGUCAUAUCACCACCGGUUAUAAUCGUAUUUGCACAUGCAAUGUAUAAACUCUAAAAUGCAUGGAUUAGAGAAUUUGGAUUACGCAUUGACCGAAUACGUACCAUUAAUAACAUGAAAAUUAGUCUUAAAAAAAAUCAAUCACAUCAGUUAGCCAAAAUAUAAUAUAAGGUGUUAUGUUAUAUAUGUAAAAAAAAACGUUUAUUAUGCAACGGUUGAGGAAAAUAAGCCAAUGAGAAGAGCACACGAAGGAUUUGUUUGUCGAGACAUCAAAUGCAUAACGACGUUUCAUCGUUUUUAACGGUUUCUGUUUUUGUCCCUUUGGGUUGGGCCUGGACACUAGACCAGACCUUGGCCCCUCGUGCUUCUCACGUGACUUUGGGCCCAUCUUUCUUCAAUUCCCCCAAAUUAUGCCACGUGUCUAUUUGUUUAUUUGUUCUGCAACAAAAGAUUAUUUUUUUUUUGAAAUGCUUCAAAACAAUUCGAACAAGUGCAUGUAUUUUAUCCUUUUUUUUUUCACUGAUACAUAGUUGACUAUUUGGCAUACGAUUCUCCUUCUCUUUAUAAGAAAGUAUACGAAUACGAUUCUUCACUCUCGACACUUCAUAUUGUAAUGCAAGUUCUAUGGUUUCAGUUAAUAUAUAGAAAGACAGUAGAUAUUGAUAUUUCAGAUUUUUUUUUUAUAAUCCGGAAGUCUACCGAGUUUUUUGUCCGACUACAUCUUCCAGAGAAUCGGAAAAAUCUAUGUGAAUGCCUCUUUCCAAGGGACUAAUCCUGCUCACAGUUCAAGCUCGCACUCCAUCGCUAAUGCCACCAUCGUGCCAAGGAACCGCCGAGCCAUGCGAGCCGGUGGGUGGGCUAAAGGCGGCGACUCUGUUCGUAGGGCUGUACCUAGUGGCUCUUGGCGUCGGUGGAAUCAAAGGGUCGUUGCCUUCUCACGGAGCGGAGCAGUUCGACGAGACCGCGCCAAAGGGUCGAAGACAGAGGUCGACAUUCUUCAACUACUUCGUGUUCUGCCUGUCGUGCGGUGCUCUGGUGGCUGUCACGUUAGUGGUGUGGCUCGAAGACAACAAGGGAUGGGAAUGGGGGUUUGGUGUCUCCACCAUUUCAAUCUUUGUCUCCAUUCUUGUAUUUCUCUCCGGUUCGAGAUUUUACAGGAACAAGAUCCCUUUUGGAAGCCCUCUCACCACCAUCUUGAAGGUUCUAUGUGCUGCUGCUGUGAACACUUGCACGAGUAAAAGUUCAAGCAACGCCAUUGUUAACUUGGCCGUGAGCCCUUCCAACCACUGCGUCUCGAAGGGGAAAGACCAAUCUGAAGAAGAGAUCGAGAAGACGAAUCGUCAUCGUCAUCUAGAAGCUUCUCCAGUUCUAAUUACCAACAGCUUGAGAUGUCUGAACAGAGCCGCAGAAGAGAAACCGGUCCACACAUCGCUAGAAUGCACGGUCGAGCAGGUCGAGGACGUGAAGAUUGUGCUUAAAAUGCUUCCGAUAUUCGCAUGCACCAUAAUGCUCAACUGUUGCUUAGCUCAACUAUCCACUUUCUCGGUCCAACAAGCCGCGACCAUGAACACUAAGCUCGGGAAACUAAAGGUGCCUCCCGCUUCUCUCCCGGUCUUCCCUGUCGUGUUCAUCAUGAUUCUUGCACCGGUCUAUGACCAUCUAAUCAUUCCCUUUGCUCGGAGAGUGACCAAAUCUGAAAUGGGUGUCACUCAUUUGCAACGUAUCGGUAUCGGUUUAGUCCUUUCGAUCUUGGCCAUGGCCGUGGCUGCAGUGGUCGAGAUUAAACGAAAGAGAGUGGCCACAGACAUGGGAUUGCUUGGCUCGCAAGAAACCUUACCCAUCUCAUUCCUCUGGGUCGCCUUUCAAUAUCUGUUUCUGGGUUCGGCCGAUCUGUUCACGUUAGCCGGUUUGCUAGAGUUUUUCUUCACAGAGGCGCCUUCCUCGAUGAGAUCUUUGGCGACAUCUCUCUCUUGGGCAUCGUUGGCAAUGGGGUACUAUCUAAGUUCGGUUGUCGUUUCAGUAGUGAAUAGCGUGAGUGGCCGAUCAAGGCACGAGCCAUGGCUCGAGGGCGAAAGCCUAAACCAUUACAAACUCGAUAGGUUCUAUUGGCUCAUGUGCGUUCUAAGCGCGGCUAACUUCUUGCAUUACCUCUUCUGGGCGAUGCGUUACAAGUACAGAUCAACAGGGGUUAUAAGCUGAUGUCAUUCAGAAAUGACAUUUGCCUAAUUAAACCGGAAUACUUUUUGAUUAUAUAUAUUCAUCAAUGGUUCGAUAUGAUCGUGAUAUAGUUUUGAUCAGAAUGUUGUACUACUCCUCCAAGGAAGGAAGAUUUUGUACUCAAAAGGGGGAAUAGAUGCAUAUAGCAUCAUUUUGGACAAGCAAUGUUUUGAUAUUCA